GGACAUAGAACAAAUUUUGAUAACAUGGCUGACAGGGAGAAGACGACGGAGAAGGGAUUUUUAGCUAGAACAGCUAGCAUUACUUCAAAAAGGGCCAAAAGAGCUGGUGAAAAGGUGAAGCAGAAACUGGGGAAAGCCAACGAGACUAAAGAUGUCACAUUUGAUGAAUUCGUCGCCAAUUUCAACAAACAGCAGGCUGCAGCACAGAGAUUACAGAAAGAUUUCAAAAACUACAAUGCUUGUAUCAAAGCCAUGGUUGCUGCAAGUUUAGAGUUUGGAGAGGCCAUUAAAGAAGUAUAUGAGCCAGAUUGGGCUGGUCGAGAUGUUACCUUCCAGUUACUUGAUAAACUCCAUAUGUAUUGGACAGAUUUACAAGAAAAACUACAAGAUGAGGUAUUAGGACCACUCACAGCUUACCAAAGUCAAUUUCCUGAUAUUAAGGCUAGGAUUAAUAAACAUGGAAGAAAAUUAGUUGAUUAUGACAGAUUAAGACACAACUUUGAGGCCCUUAAUGCUAAAGGAAAAAAUGCUGAUCAAAAGAAAUUGACUCAGUCGCAGGAAGAAUUCAGUGAAGCAAAGUCUGUCUACACAAAGCUGCAUGCUGAGCUUUAUGAAGAACUUCCAGCACUSUAUGAUAGCCGAAUUGCAUUUUAUGUUUCAUCAUUUCAAAGUAUAUUUAAUGCAGAGGCAGUCUUUCAUAGAGAAGCUGCUAAGAUUAAAACUCAAAUGAAUGACCUUCUUGAUGGUCUGGUUGUUGAAGCGUCAUCAGGAACGCAUACAACUAGGAGACCUUUUCAACUAUCAAGUGUCAAUCCAAUAGCAUCAGACAGCGAUGGUGAAGAGCAGGCCUCAAACUCAGGCCAGACUGAUUCUCAGCAAGGAAGUAUUGCUCUCUCUACUGAUAAAGAAGUGAAAGCUGAUGAUUCUGAAACUGACAAAGCCAUCAAUGAGGUUGAUGACGAAGCAACCAAUCCUUUUAAUACAAAUGAUAACCACACUGAGGAUGACCAACCGGCAACUGAACCARAAACAAAGCCACAAGUACCUCCACCAUAUCAAGAUGAACAAGAUGAACAAGAUGGAGCACCUAUACCACCUGUAGUACGACCAACUCCUGCUCCAAGGCCUCCACCUCCUCAACAAAAACCAGAACCAGACAAAGAGUCAACUGCUCUGACAGAGGUACCUGGCUCAUUGUAUAGGGUUCAAGCAACCCACAAAUAUGAAGCAGAAGAUGACGAUGAAUUAUCAUUUGAGAAAAACGAUGUCAUAUUUGUUAUUCCUUUUGAAGAUGCAGAAGAGCAAGAUGAUGGCUGGCUAAUGGGAGUUCUUGGUACAACAGGAUUCAAAGGAGUAUUUCCAGCUAACUUUACCAAAGAAAUUACYUAGCAUACAUCAAAUUAUUAUUAGAUUUUUAAAGGUAUUUAAUUAUUUUAAAGACAGCUACAUAGAUAAAGGACAUUUACAUAUGUUUCUUUCAUGAAUAAUAAUUUUUAUUCUGAGGGAAGACAAAUCAGCAAUAUCCUUUUAUUAAUUUUUAUAUGUAAUUUUAUUGUUUUUUAUGAGUUUUCAAGAUUUAGGAUUUAUCAACAGGAUUUUGCUACGUGCCUUCGCUAUACAUGUAUAUCUAAAAUAAAUUAGUUUAAGUAAUGCACCGAGUAAGAACUAGGGAAGCAAACGGCAUAGGAAUGCAAGAAGGUGCUAAUUGUGCAUUGUAUAAUCCAUUCAUCCCAUUGGUUAAAACAUGAAAA